AUGAACAUCAAGAACGAAGAGAGCAGAAGAAGAGCAGAGGGAGACUCUAGCGAAAGCAUGUGUGACUACAGCAUUGUAAAUUCCUCAGAAGAAAGCAUUUCCCCCCGUGAGGAAGGCCUCUGGAGAAAUACACAAGAAUCAAUUCUAGGAGACAGGCCGUACAUUCUGCCAAACGGGGAGAUAUAUAAGAAGAGAGUGAGAACUGUCAUGACGCCUGUUCAAAAUGAAUCACUUAGAAGAUACUUUCAGAUUAACCCCUUCCCAUCAUCUGAAGCCCGUCUCUCAAUUUCCUCUUCACUGGGAAUGCGGCCAAGAACUGUGCAAAUAUGGUUUCAGAACCAAAGGCAGAAAAUGAAGCACGUUAUUCAGGAAGAAGAGAAAAUUAAAGAGUCUAGGGAGGCAACAAUCUACACAGGAGAGAAGGAGGAAGAGCCAUUAUGGGUCUUGGCUCAUCUUUCCUGCACUGUUCUAAACACCAACAAUGCAAUGUAA